UCGCUCUCGUCAUCGCACACGCGUUUUGCUCACCUCCUGAGUCGAGACCAACCGGCAUCCUUUAAAUGGUGGAUCGUCACCAUCGCUCUCACGGCGUUGCUCCUGCCUCUUGGUGUCUUAGUCGCAGGGCACGUUGCAAACGUGUAUUUGAAUAAGGACUUGCCUCCCUCGGCAGAAGUUCUUGCUGCACGCAACCAUACGGAAAUUAUCCAACACAAGCUCGAAAAGCUUAAAGGGAGGCAGAGCUUCUUACUCUACGCAAUUACACCGAGGCUAGUUGUGUUAGUGGGCCAGCAGCUGGGUGAGGCGAUCAACACUCUCAUUAAGCUUUUCGAGCUUGAGUUGGAUGAUUUCCGUAUGGUUGCGUAUAGCCAGAAGUUCUGCCGAGGGAGACAAGUCCUUAUUCAGAUAGACAUUAGCUACGUACCCUACGACUGUGACGCCGACAGGGAGUAGCAAUGUCGUUAAAGCGAUGCUAAGUAGUCAGAAUUUGAUCCCUCGAUCUGG